AUGUCGCGAGUAAAGCUCUUGCGGAGCUGCGCCCUCCAUGCCAUCCAGGCUGAGCGCUUCGCAACUACUGCUGUAGAUUUUAAUUACAUUGUCACUCUCAUUUCUCUUUGCAUAGAUGUGGAUGAAUGUGCACAAGGAAUUGAUGAUUGCCACCCAGAUGCAAUUUGUCAGAAUACUUUGAAAUUGUAUAAGUGCACAUGUAAACCAGGGUACAGUGGAGAAGGAAAAACAUGUGAAGAUAUUGAUGAAUGUGAUAAUGAGUUCAAUGGAGGUUGUGUCCAUGAAUGUUUCAAUAUUCCAGGCAAUUAUCGCUGUAUAUGUUACGAUGGCUUCAUGUUGGCUCAGGAUGGUCAUAACUGUUUUGAUAUGGAUGAAUGCUUGGUCAAUAAUGGAGGCUGUCAACAUGCUUGUAUCAACACAGUGGGUAGCUAUGAAUGUCGUUGCAAUGAAGGAUUUUUUCUCAGCGAUAAUCAGCACACUUGCAUUCACCGUUCAGAAGAAGGGGUGAGCUGCAUGAAUAAGGAUCAUGGUUGUGCCCAUAUCUGCAAAGAAGCGCCAAAAGGAGGAGUGGACUGCGAAUGCAGACCUGGAUUUGAACUGGCCAGGAACCAAAGAGACUGCAUUUUGACUUGCAAUCAUGGAAAUGGAGGCUGCCAGCACAGUUGUGAAGAUGCAGAAGAUGGGCCUGUCUGUGGAUGUCAUCCAGAGUACACAGUGCAUGCCAAUGGAAAAACAUGUAUUGAAAGAAUAGAAGCGACCACAGAAAUCUCUGAAAACAAUGUUACGGCAGGAGCUGAUGCAGAUAAACGAGUGAAGCGGCGACUGCUUAUGGAAACUUGUGCAGUAAAUAAUGGUGGCUGUGAUCGGACUUGUAAGGACACUUCAACAGGCGUCCACUGCAGUUGUCCUAUUGGCUUUACUCUUCAGCUUGAUGGGAAGACAUGCAAAGACAUUGAUGAAUGCCAGACCAGUAAUGGUGGAUGCGAUCAUUUUUGUAAAAACACAAUUGGUAGUUUUGAUUGCAGCUGCAAAAAAGGUUUUAAAUUAUUAACUGAUGAAAAAUUGUGUCAAGACAUUGAUGAAUGUUCUUUUGAAAGGACAUGUGACCAUUUGUGCAUCAAUCAUCCAGGCACUUUUGAAUGUAUUUGCAACGAAGGAUACAUUCUUUUUGGCUUCACACAUUGUGGCGAUAUCAAUGAAUGUAGCAUGAACAAUGGAGGCUGCCAGCAUAUCUGCAUAAAUACACUGGGUAGUUAUCAGUGCCACUGUAAUGCCGGGUAUAAAUUACACUGGAACAAAAAGGACUGUGUGGAAAGGCCCUUGUCUGAUGUCCUUUCCCCCAAAGUAUCUCUGCGCUGCAUUAAGACUGGUGGAAAUGAUAGAUGCUUUUUAAUCUGCCUCUCGGAUGUCCAUUUUGCUUCUGGCCUGGAAGAUUCCUAUACUAUAAAAUGUGGCAACCCUUUAUCACCUAAGAAAAAAAUACAAAAUCCAAAUGAAUCAACUACUUUAGAUCUCUCUAUCAUCAGGACAACUGUAACUUUUAAGUUUAAUCAAGGAAAAUGUAACUUGAAAAAGAGUAAGAUGUUUCAGGAUGCUCUUCACCAUGUAAUACCAGAGAAACAUAAUUCAAUAAUGGAGAACUUCUACUAUGUAAACCUAACAUGCAGUUCUGGCAAGAAAACUGUUGGAGACCUCGGCAGAAUGAAGGCAGCUAGAGAAAUGUUUAUAUCUGCAGACUUUGAGCUUGAAACAGACCAAAAGGAGGUGGCAGAUACGUGUAAUUUGAGCUGUGCACGUAAAAGGACUGAGAAAAGGCUUCGUAAAGCUAUUAGAACUUUGCGGAAAGUCAUCAACAAAGAGCAGUUCCAUAUUCGCCUCUCUGGUGUAGAUCAUGGCGUGGCUCGAAAGCCUCCCAGAGCAGUAGAUACCCAGGAUCCCUGCAGCGUAGGUCAAAAGUACCUGGAUAACAAAUGUGCUAGCUGCAGUGUUGGAACAUAUUUUGAUGGGGAACAAGAAAGUUGUAUUUUAUGUCCUAAUGGAACUUAUCAAGACAAUGAAGGUCAAAUUGUCUGUGAACCUUGUCCAAAUCUUCAACGUUCUGGGGACUCAAAAGCAGUUGGUGCUCGCAGAGUAACUGAAUGUGGAGGACAGUGUUCACCGGGUGAAUAUUCAGCUGAUGGAUUUAAGCCCUGUCUUUCAUGCCCUUCUGGGACAUACCAGCCUGAACCAGGUCGAACAUCUUGUUUUACAUGUGGAGGAGGUCUGAUGACAAAAUUUACCAGUGCAACAAUGUUUCAGGAUUGUGAGACUAGAGUGCAGUGCUCACCUGGACACUUUUACAAUACAACUACGCAUCGUUGUAUCCGCUGCCCAAAUGGAACAUAUCAACCGGAGUUUGGACAAAAGUACUGUAUUUCAUGUCCUGGAAACACAACUACUGAUUUUGAUGGAUCCACAAGCAUACUGCAUUGCAAAGACAGACAUUGUGGGGGUGAGCUUGGAGAGUUUGCUGGAUACAUUGAGUCCCCAAACUAUCCUGGAAAUUAUCCUGCAAACACUGAGUGCACUUGGACCAUAAAUCCACCUCCUAAGCGCCGUAUUUUGAUUGUGGUUCCAGAAAUAUUUUUACCAAUAGAAGAUGAAUGUGGAGACUACUUGGUGAUGAGAAAAAGUUCUUCCUCCAAUUCUGUGACCACAUAUGAAACCUGCCAAACUUAUGAACGCCCUAUAGCUUUCACUUCCAGGUCUAAAAAGCUCUGGAUCCAGUUCAAAUCAAAUGAAGGAAAUAGUGCAAAAGGAUUCCAGGUCCCUUAUGUAACCUAUGAUGAGGAUUAUCAGGAGCUAAUAGAAGAUAUAGUCAGAGAUGGUAGACUUUAUGCAUCAGAAAAUCACCAAGAGAUCCUUAAGGAUAAGAAGCUGAUAAAGGCAUUGUUUGAUGUCUUGGCCCACCCACAGAAUUACUUUAAGUAUACAGCACAAGAAUCUAGGGAAAUGUUUCCAAGAUCUUUCAUUCGACUGUUGCGUUCUAAGGUCUCCAGAUUUUUGAGACCUUACAAAUAA